CUUGCUUUGCCCUUCCAAAACAGCGUUCAAAGAGAGCAUGGCAGCGAUAUUCUCGAGCAUUCUCUGAGGAAGAACAGCUUCCUCUUCUCCUUUCCGGGUCUUCUCGCUUAUUGCGGGCGGCAAGAGCAGUCAGCUGAAGGAUUUGAGCACUAAGAACCCAUUCUUUGUCUCGAUUUCCUCUGGUCCGUCUUCAUUUGUCAAGAACUACGCAAACUUAGUGUGGAGCUGGUGAGGUGACAUGGGUUACGAUUCAGACAGUGCAUCCCAGGAUGGCCGGGAUGAAGAUGAUGAUGAGGAAUAUGAGGAGGCUGGCGGCAGUAACCGGCUAUUGGGAUUUAUGUUUGGGAAUGUUGAUAAUGCUGGUGAUCUUGAUGUAGAUUACCUUGAUGAGGAUGCAAAGGAGCAUCUUGCUGCACUGGCUGACAAGCUUGGUCCAUCAUUGACUGCUUUAGAUUUGUCAGUAAAAUCACCACAAACUCUCACUGAUCCAACUGAACAAGAUUAUGAUGAGAAGGCGGAAGAUGCAGUUAAUUAUGAAGACAUUAGUGAGCAGUAUGAGGGACCAGAGACUCAAGCUGCUACCGAGGAGGACUAUUUGUUGCCCAAGAAGGAAUUUUUUUCUGCUGAAGCUUCAGUUACUACUUUGGCACAUACAACUUCGGUAUUUGAUGAUGAAAAUUAUGAUGAGGAUGAGGAGUUUGAAAGGGAACAUGAGAUGGGGGAUAACAAUUUUGAUGUUCAGACUGCUUCUAUAUCAGGUGAGCAGGCUAAGUAUAUUGCUAUUGGUACCAAAUCGCCCGAGGAGGAUUUGCAAGUUGAAUCUUUGGAAACGGAAAAGAUGGUUGGCAACUUGGCCAAUUUUCAAGAGGAACAUGAAGUCUUAGAUGAACCAUUUGACAAUCAAAGUUCCACAUCUCUGCCUAUUUUAUGCAUAGAAGAUGGAAUGGUGAUCUUAAGAUUCUCAGAAAUUUUUGGUACUCAUGAGUCGAAAAAAAAAGAGAAAAGGGACCAAACACAAAGAAUUCCUAAAGAGCGAAAUAGAUCUAUGGAUGCUUUUGAAAUUGUUGAAGAUGAUGAAGAGGCAUUUUUGAAGGGCUCUUGCCCAGGUUUUUCAGUUUUGAGACAGGCACAUGUAACUCCAGAUGAUAUUUUAGGCAUCAUGGGUGAUAAAACAGAGUUGGAAGAAUUUGGUGCUGUUCUGGGAGGUCCAGCAAUUCCUCAGCAAUUUGAUGGCCAGAGGAUGGACUCUUGUCGCAUUGCCCUGCCAAUGAAAGAAGAUAUGGCAGUGGAUUUGUCUGUGGCAGGGCAGUCUCCAUUUUUUCCUGAAUUUUAUGCUCUUGAUCAGCAAGAUUGGGAAGACGGAAUUAUCUGGGACAAUUCUCCUGCUGUGAGUGAUGGUUCAGCUGAGACUUACAACAUCAUUGGACUUGACUCUGAAACAUUGGUUAAUAAGAAUACUGAAUUGGUUUCUGAUUCAAGGUCACAAAAGAUUUUUUCGGAGCACCAAAUGGUACCUGAUGAGAAGGAUCAUAGGCUUUUUCUUUGUAGCUCAUCUGUUAAUCUGGAAUCCUUUGGCUCAAGAGAUCCAGGAAAUAUAAACUUGGCCUUCACAGAAAGCAGAUGUCAUCCCCAAGUUUUGAGAUUAGAUUCUCGAUUGGAAUUGGAUGAUAAAAAUCAUUCAGAUGCUAAAGGGAAUGCCACUGAAGGUCUGCACCAUAUUGAUUCCAUCAGGCAGUUUAGCAAGCUUACACUGCAAAAUAGAGACAUAUUGGAAGGAUCUUGGUUGGAAGAAAUAAUAUGGGAUCCACACAAACCUGUAGCAAAACCGAAGCUAAUCCUUGAUCUUCAAGAUGAGCAGAUGGUUUUUGAAAUUUUAGAUGGCAAUGAUUCUAACAAUUUUCAGCUUCAUGCUAGAGCAAUGAUUGUAACACGUUCCAUGAAGUCUGGAACUGGGGAUCCUUCCGAGUUGCCUGGUCAUGGAGGUCCAUCUGGUGGGCGUUUCAAUAUUGCUAAUGACAAGUACUAUUCAAACAGGAAAAUUUCUCAGCAGUUAAAGUCGCAUUCUAAAAAACGUGCAGCUCAUGGCAUCAAGGUUUUGCAUUCAAUACCUGCAGUGAAGUUGCAGACAAUGAAACCAAAGUUGAGCAAUAAAGAUGUUGCUAAUUUUCAUUGUCCAAAAGCUUUGUGGUAUCCCCAUGAUAAUGAGGUUGCAGUAAAGGAGCAAGGGAAGCUGCCUACACAAGGACCCAUGAAAAUUAUAUUGAAGAGUUUGGGAGGAAAGGGAAGUAAACUUCAUGUUGAUGCUGAGGAGACAGUUUCUUCUGUCAAAAUGAAGGCUUCUAAGAAGCUAGAUUUUAAAGCAUCAGAGAUUGUGAAAAUAUUUUAUUCUGGAAAAGAGCUUGAGGAACAGAAGUCAAUUUCAGAACAGAAUGUUCAACCAAACUCUUUGCUUCAUCUUGUGCGUACAAAGCUACAUUUAUUACCAAGGGCACAGAAGCUUCCUGGUGAGAACAAAUCUUUGCGCCCUCCCGGGGCAUUUAAGAAAAAAUCUGACCUUUCUGUGAAGGAUGGCCAUGUCUUCCUGAUGGAGCUUUUCCCCCACUCAACCGGGCCGCGAGAUAACCCACGCGGCCCACGCUCCAAGCAUCCGCGGGGGACACGGCCCCUCCCCAUCAGACUCCCGCCCGACGGCUCCUCGCGGCUCGAGAACCGGACCGCCGACCGCUACCACCGGAUCCACCCCACAGUCCGGAGACCGAAAGGCGGUCACCCCACUCCUAAGGGCCUCCCAUCCGAAGGAAUGGACGAACGGAGGAUACGAACCCGAACCCCGCCUCCGGUCGCGCGUCCGGGCAGGGAAAAUAUUGAGCGUCUGGAAAUAACUGGUGUUGGAGAUCCAUCUGGUCGGGGCCUAGGUUUUAGCUAUGUCCGUACUGCUCCACGGGCUCCAAUAUCAAGUGCAGUGAUGAAGAAGAAAGCAGCUGUUGGUCGAGGUGGUUCAACUGUCACUGGAACAGAUGCAGAUCUGCGUAGGUUGAGCAUGGAAGCGGCCCGAGAGGUUCUCCUAAAGUUCAAUGUUCCAGAUGAACAAAUUGCAAAACAAACUAGGUGGCAUCGAAUUGCUAUGAUACGCAAACUUUCCAGUGAACAAGCUGCAUCAGGGAUCAAGGUUGAUCCCACAAAUAUCAGCAAGUAUGCACGUGGUCAGAGGAUGUCAUUUCUUCAGUUUCAGCAGCAAACCCGAGAAAAGUGUCAGGAAAUUUGGGAUCGACAAACUCAGAAUCUUUCAUCCAUUGAUGUUGAUGAAAAUGCGAGUGAUUCUGAAGCAAACAGUGACCUGGAUUCCUUUGCUGGAGACCUAGAGAAUCUGCUGGAUGCUGAGUGUGAAGAAGGGGAAGAGGGUAACUAUGAAUCUAAGCAUGAUAAAGUAGGUGGUGUCAGGGGCUUUAAAAUGAGAAGGCACCAGUAUCUAGCUCAGGCAGAGGAAGAAAUUGAAGAUGAAGCAGCUGAAGCGGCAGAAUUAUGCAGGAUGCUCAUGGAUGAUGAUGAAGCUGAUUGGAAGAAGAAGAUGACGAUAAAAGCUGUCAGGGAGGAAGCAUUGUUAGGAGGAUCACAAUCAAGUUUUGGUUUUGAAACUGCAGGAUGGAUCAAGAAAUCUAGUGCAGCAGCCAAGCCAAUUUCCAGCAAAGCCCUGCCGGAAGGAUAUUAUGCACCGAAGAACAUUGUUGACCCAAAAAAUGUUGAAAGUCUUUUCCCUAAGAAGAAAAUGUUCAGAAAAGGAAAAACCAUGAAAAAGAAUGAUGUUGCACAUACUGGUUUAGUCCAUAAGAAAGUUAAAAUCAUGGCAGAUGGAGAUGGAGUUAAGAUUGUAAAGGAAAAAAAAUCAGCUAGAGAAACCUUCGUCUGUGGAGCUUGCGGUCAGCUUGGACACAUGAGGACAAACAAGAAUUGCCCCAAGUAUGGAGAAGACUUAGAAAUGCAGAACGAAAACAUAUACCUAGAGAAGGCAUCAUCAAAAUCCAAUCUUGUGGAUGCUUCUGCUCAGCCCCAGCAGAAACCUCUGAUAAAGAAGCUGAUACCAAAAGGCGCAACAAAAAUUGUUCUGGUAGAAGCAAAUGAAAGUGAGAAUUUUGGUUCGAAGCCAAAAUUUCUCCCAUUGAAGUUUAAAUGUGGUGGUUCUGAAAAUCCUGAUAACAUUGCACCCGUAAUUGCCCCAAGUUCUGAACGACCUGUUUCUUCUGAUGUUGAAACUGGGAAUAAGUCCACAGCUAAGGUUAACAAAAUAAUAAUUUCCAACAAGAUGAAACCUGAAGAAGUACAUAUUGAAUCCCAUAAACCCUCCAUCGUGAUACGGCCACCAGCUGAAAUUGAGAGAGAUAUGCCUCGGAAGAAAAUUGUGAUUAAACGACCAAAGGAGAUUAUUAAUUUAGACCACUUCAAUCAUGAAGGAAGUGCUGGUCCUGAGUUCAGGAAGACUAAGAAAAUCGUGGAACUGUCGAAGCAUGGAGAGCAGAACAUGUUUGUGGCUGAGGUAACAAAGAGGAAAGCUAGAGAGGAUAAAAGAUGGUGGGAAGAGGAAAAGAAGAGAAGACAUGCUGAGAGACAGAGAGGAGACAGAGCUAGGAAGCAAUAUGAAGAAGAGAUGAGGAUGCUAGAAGAACAAGACAGGCUAGCUGAGAUUAGAAGAUAUGAGGAAGCCAUAAGAAGAGAGAGGGAGGAGGAAGAACACCAAAAAGCAAAGAAAAAGAAGAAAAAGAAAAGGCCUCAAAUGAAAAAUGACUAUUUAGAGGAUUUCAGGUCAAGAAGAAAUGACAGAAGAUUGGCAGAAUGGGACCAAACUGCAAAAAGGAGACCUGUCUUUGAGUUGGGAAGUUAUAGUUCGGACUGUGGACCCCCAACGAAGCGCCGCAGAGGAGGAGAGGUUGGGUUGGCAAACAUCCUAGAGAGAAUCGUGGAGAGCCUAAAAGAUGCAUAUGAGGUAUCCUAUCUCUUCUUAAAACCUGUGUCCAAGAAGGAAGCUCCAGACUACCUGCACAUCAUUAAGCGUCCAAUGGAUCUGUCCACAAUAAAGGAGAAGGUGAGGAAGAUGGAGUACAAGAGCCGAGAGGAAUUUAGGCAUGAUGUCUGGCAAAUUUCUUACAAUGCCCACGAGUAUAACAUUGGACGCAACCCAGGUAUUCCUCCCCUAGCAAAACAGCUUUUGGAGCUUUGUGACUACUUGUUAGAAGAAUACAACACCAGCUUGACUGAAGCUGAAGCUGGUAUUGAAAAUAGCAACACUUAGGGAUAGAAUGUAGUUAGAACUAAGAUCAUUUUUUUUUUAUAUCACAAUCCCAGUUUGGUACAACAUUCCACACCCCCCGCCCCCCCUGUAGAUUGGGGAUUACAGUAGAGGGAGAGGGCUUCGGGCUUGGCUUAUACAUGUAAGUCUUUCAAAACAUCGAGUUGCCUCUUUUUUCUUUCCCUUUGUACAUAUUUAUGUUGAUCUAUGAAAUAAAAGGUUUCUGUUUGAAAUA